UAAAAGUCCAACAUAACAUAUGCAUAUUCUCUAGGAUGGCUUCUCGGGGAGAAAAGUUAAGGCGGAGCCUGGCGUUCAUGCUGGGACUGCUCGAGUGUCUGAUUUUUGGUUGCUUCUUUGGCUGGGCUGCGUUGGUUUACGUUCUCAAGGGAGAUGGAGUGUACAGCCACCUCUGUAUUGGCGGGAAUGAAACUGCUGCAGUUCAGUCCACCAAAGAGUUGAACCAGGUUGUUAAUACGUCGGGAAGUAAUGACGUCACAACGGCGGGAACCAAUCAGUCUGCCGCGUUUCCAUCUUGCCAAGCUCAGGACGAGAUGUUUAGUCUGUGCUUUACUAUUAGUGUCUUCAUGAUGGGAGUGUCACAGUUCUUUAUCGGAUGGAUAUUGGAUACCCUUGGAAUACGAUUCUGCAGAAUCUGUGGGCUAGUGUUCUUCGUGUCUGGUUGCUUAAUGGUUGCAUUCGCAAGUGUAGAUAUUCCUGAGCUUAUUUUUCCCGGCUACACCUUCAUGACCAUUGGAGGGGUGCAUGUCUUCAUCACCAACUUUCGAAUUUGUGACUUCUUCGACACCUUCCAACUGAGCGUUGUAACAAUCUAUAACGCGGCCAUUGAUACGUCUGGGACAAUUUUCUUAUUUUUAAAGCUUCUCUAUGAUGCGGGUUUUCAACGAUCUCAUUGUUUCAUAUUUCUGGCAGUGCUAAGCCUCGUUCUCGUUCUCAUCAGCACGUUUGUUUUCCUACCGACAAAAUUCAUCGUCCCCAGGAGCGUUGUAAGGUUAAAUGCCAAGAGAGACCACGCUGUGGCCGAAGGCGAGGACGGGGAUAAAAAGAUAGAGACUGACGUUGACGUUGCAAUACAAGGUAACAGCACCGAAGACGAAACUGUCCAUCCGUUCCAUCAUUACAUUCUGACGCGUGUGUUCUUCUUCCAUCUGAUUUGGCUCGGUCUUUAUCAGCUUCGACUCAUCUACUUCAUGGGCUCAUUGGACGUGUGGAUAAGACGGGUCACUAACAACGAAGAAGCGGAAGUCAGCCAUUAUACUAAUGCAGCAAGUGUAGCUUGGGUGUUCGCUGUCAUCGGGGGACCGCUGGAAGGACUGAUCCUCCAUUUUGAAAAUCGACGAUUGCACCGGGAGGGCAAGAGUUACUACGAUCGGAUCCAGCCAGCAGCCAUCCCCCAGACCAUCGGGACGACUCUCAUCCUUGUGCUCAGCAUCCUCGUCCUCUUCCCAAUAAAACAGCUUCUCUAUAUCCAGUUCGUCCUUAUGGUGCUAAGUAAGAACUUUCUGUUUGGACUUGGGUUUGCCUUCCUAGUUAUGGCAUUUCCCGGCUGCCAUUUUGGUAAGAUUUCCGGCGUCCUGAUUGGGAUCAACUCUGUGGUCUGCCUCCUCCAGUAUCCGUUCUUUAUAUGGGCCGCACACAACGAAACUGCAGUGAACAUCUUCUUGCUGUGCAUGGUCGUGGUGACGUACGUGCAACCUAUCCACCUCGCAAUCGGCGAUCGAUUCAAAAAAUGACGGAAAUAUAACUUUUAUUAUAAUACAUGUACAUGUACAUGUAAUUGUAUAUGCCAGUAUAAUAUUAUGAUAAAUGCUGUAUUUGUUUGUAUAGGUUAAGAAGUUUUAGUAAAAACUUAUGUAUUUCAAUAUAUGUUCAUUGAUAUUAUAGAAUUAUUUACAUGUUCUCAAUUCGGCAGGAAAUGAUGAUGUCACGUCCCAUCUCAAUUUGUGGCAAAUCCUGCCUCGUUUUAGAUAUUCGCGUAAAAUGUCGGCCAGUAAACUGAGUUUGAUUUCCUUGGCAACAAUGGUUACCAUUGACGACGCUUGUAGAAAAAUUUGUGGACGAAAACGCCGAUGUCGACUCGAACUUGGACGGUUUUACAGUGCACCAGUGUUCGCUUCUCUGGCCCUGCCUCAGGAUGACAGUACAUGGGCUGAUGAAAUUUUUGAAAGGUGACUUGCGGGGGCGAAAAUCUCCUGAUUGUGCUAGAUAUUGUGUAGAAAGACGGCUAUAUUUUAUACAUGACGAGUUAGAACCCCUUGACUCAUUGAGCAAGGGAGGUUAAUAGGUAUGUUUGAGUACUUUGAAUAAAGUCAUUGCGACAAUAUCAUGCA